GUUUGUUUGAGUUUUUUGUCAUCCGUGUCAUUCAUUGAUUGACCUUUGCCAUAACUGACGUUUACCAUAGAGACUUCGCACCUCAUUUCGAUGUGUGACAUUCUGCCUACGCUCACUUGUGAUGAUCCGACGCUUUCUAUAAAUGGAACCCAUAACAUCGAUUGCCACGAACACUCAUUUAAAUUUUCUACUACCUCAAGGUUCUAUUGGACUACACGACAAGCGGAUACGAAGGAUAGAUCCUCAAGGAUGUCUUUAUUGGAUCACACAACGAGCAAAAUACAAAUGGAUAAAGGCUGAAGAUCGAAGCAAAGAGCAUGGAAAAAAUAACUAUUUUGGAUGAAGGUUACCUUUAAGAAACGAGCGGAAACGCAGAAUUUGAAGCAACCUUACGGACUAUUGUUUUGUGUUAUAUUUGUAUAUAAUAUCAAAUGUUAUAUGAGAGAUUGUAACGCGCAGCAUAGGAAUUGACAGUUCGUCUUGUCUCUUAUCUUGCUUUCUGUUCUUGUUCAUGAUGUUAGUUUGUUCUUUUACAGGACAGUUAUACAUUCUUGCUUGCGCGAUUCUGUCGAAUUGUAAUGUUAUGAUGUUUUGGUUUACAAAAUAAACAUUUAACGCAUUAAUGGAGUACAUUCAAGCACC